GUGAGAUAUUCACCUUACUGAGGUCUGAUUUCUAAGACUAUACUUUCUCUUAUCUUUCACUUCUACUGCUUCUCUACUUUCCAUCUCCCCUGACAAAGAACUCUUUGUAUUCACCUGUAUAGUAUACUGUGUAGAUACUGCAUGUAAGAUGCUGACUUGGCCCUGAGUAAAUCAGUCUUGUAAAUGCAACCAUUGAGUGCACAAGUGUAUUAUUUAAGCGUGCUAUAUUCUAGUAGAAAUAUCUCAAAUAUACUAGGAACAUAACACUGGCGACGAGGAUAUUUGGAACUUUUGUGUACAUCAUAAGUUAGGCUCCGCUUUACUCAGCGAAACAGAGUGGAAAAGUGAAUAUUACUGUGAAAAUUAUACUGUGAAAAGUAGCAGUAAUUAUGGCAGCUCCUCAGCAACAGCAACACACAGGGAGUGUGGGUGCUAUAGGACCUUUUGAUCCACAACAGGAGGACUGGUCUUCAUACAGUGAAAGACUUGAACAGUAUUUUAUUAUCAACAACAUUGGAGGUGAUAUGAGAGUGCCAGCUCUCAUCAGUCUCAUUGGAGGAGAGACAUAUAAGUUAUUAAGGAAGCUGACUGCUCCAGCGAAGCCAGCAGAGAAAUCAUUUCAACAACUAAUCGACAUAUUACAACAGCAUCUUUCGCCUCAACCUCUCGUGAUCGCAGAGAGAUUUCGUUUUCAUAAGCGGGACCAACGACCAUCUGAGCCAAUCAAUGCAUAUGUUGCUGAACUGAGACAACUCGCGAAACAUUGUGAUUUCGGAGAGUAUCUUGAACAGGCACUGCGUGAUCGAUUUGUGUGCGGAUUGAAGCAAGAAUCAAUUCAGCGGAAAUUGUUGGCAGAGGCCCGGCUGACUCUACAAAAGGCAGUAGAAACAGCGGUCGCUAUGGAGAUGGCAGCUCAGGAUACUGAACAGCUUCGCAAGCCUAUCAGUGUGCAUAAGUUGCAAAAGGCAAGCACAAAACCAUGUCCUAGGUGUGGAAAGAGCGGACAUACAUCAGAUAAAUGUCGUUUCCGGGAUGCUGAAUGUCAUGGAUGUGGCAAAGUAGGCCACAUUCGGAGUGCAUGUCGGAGUUCAAAGGAUAAACCAAAGCGAAAGCAGCGAGAUGGGGGAAAAUUCCGAAAAGCAGGACAGAAAAAUGUUCAUGCAGUGGAGACACACUCAACUAGCGAGGAUGAAGAAGGGAUCUCGAAGAUUGUUGUUGUUGAGAAUAUUGGCAAUUCUUUGAAAUCAUCGCCAAUAUAUAUAUCCCCUGAAAUCAACGGUCAACCAAUGCAGAUGGAAUUGGAUACAGGGGCAGCCGUGUCCGUCAUGCCCAAAUCUGCAUUUGACAAGAUCAAACCGCAGCCAAAGCUGAAACCGACUUCCGUGAAAUUGAAGACAUUCUCGGAAGAGCUCCUGAAGCCACUCGGUGUCGCGAGGGUGAAUGUUGAAAUUGAUGGACAGAGCGCAACACUUGACCUGUACGUGACUAAGACAGGCACCAACCCGUUGUUUGGUCGGAGUUGGCUACGGCACAUCAAAAUAAAUUGGAGCGUGAUUAAGCAACUACACACUGCCUCCCUAUCUGUUCAGGACGAAAUCCGAGAGCUUCUCACCAAAUACGAUUCGGUUUUCAAGGAUGAAAUGGGGGAGCUCAAGGGUAUGGAGGCACGCCUGCCACUGAAGGAGACAGCCAUUCCGAAAUUCUGCCGUGCUCGGCAAGUCCCAUAUGCAAUGAGGGAAAAAGUUGGGAAAGAACUUGACCGUCUCGAGGCAGAGGGUAUCAUAACAAAAGUUGCACAUUCGGACUGGGCAACACCGAUCGUUCCGGUUAUGAAACCAAACGGAAGCGUCCGAUUAUGUGGUGACUAUAAGGUCACGAUAAACCCGGUUCUUGAAGUAGAGCAGUAUCCUCUGCCAAGGAUACAAGAUAUCUUUGCGAAUCUGGCAGGUGGACAAAAAUUCACCAAAAUUGAUCUAAAACAGGCCUAUCAUCAAAUGAAACUUGAAGAGAAAUCGCGGAAAUUACUAACUAUCAAUACUCAUAAGGGGUUGUAUGAAUACAAUCGCCUAGUAUUCGGAGUGUCGUCUGCCCCGGCAAUUUGGCAGAGAACUAUGGAACAAGUCCUACAGGGUAUACCGAAUACCCAAUGUAUGCUCGAUGAUAUGAUAAUCACAGGUAAAACCGAUCAGGAGCACCUAGAGAAUCUUGCGCAAGUGCUUGAGAGAAUCGAUGAGUUUGGACUUCGUGCUAACUUGAAGAAAUGCGAAUUCUUCAAGGACGAGAUUGUCUUCUGUGGACACAAAAUUGACAAGAAUGGCCUCCACAAGACAGAAGACAAGGUCAAAUGUAUGACAGAAGCGGAAAGGCCUACAAACAUAUCGCAGUUACGAUCAUUCCUGGGUCUCGUGAAUUACUAUCACAGAUUCUUACCGAAUCUCGCGACCGUGAUCCAUCCCCUGAAUGCACUACUUGGGAAAGAUCGUAAAUGGAAGUGGGAUGAAACGUGCGAAAAUGCGUUCAAAAAUGCCAAGAAAAUGAUCGCAUCAGAACAGGUACUCGUUCAUUACAAUCCGGAACUUCCGCUUUCUCUGGCUACCGAUGCUUCACCCUACGGAUUAGGGGCAGUCCUCUCGCACACGAUGCCAGAUGGGAAUGACCGUCCAAUUGCCUUCGCGUCGCGUUCGUUGAACAGUGCUGAGAGGAACUACGCGCAAAUUGAUAAGGAAGCCUUGGCGAUCGUGUGGGGUGUAAAACAUUUUUACAUGUAUUUGUAUGGUCGAAAAUUCACAAUGAUCACGGACCAUCAGCCCCUGGUCUCCAUCUUCAAUCCGAAGAAAGGCAUUCCUGCCAUGACAGCAGCCAGAUUACAACGUUACGCAUUAUUUCUGGCUGGACUUGCGUAUGAUAUAGAGUAUCGAAAUACUCAUAGGCAUGGAAAUGCCGAUGGACUAUCGCGAUUGCCGAUUAAAGAAAAUGGGGAACCGAAUUCCUCAGAUACCCUUGGUAUUAAGCACCUUGAGGAGAUGGCACACCCACCAGUAACAAGUGCUCAGGUAAGCACAGAGACCCGUCGCGAUACCCAAAUGUCUCUUGUGUAUGAGCACAUCGAAAAAGGGUGGAAAUCGAAUCCACCACGCGAUCAAUCCUCCUACUAUCACCGUCGGAAUGAACUAUCACUGUGUCAAGGAUGUAUCAUGUGGGGACAUCGCGUAGUAAUACCUGACAAGCUUCGAAAGAAAGUUUUGACCGAACUCCACAGUGGUCAUGUGGGGGUGGUAAAGAUGAAAGCUCUGGCACGCAGCUACGUUUGGUGGCCAAACAUAGAUAAAGAUAUCGAAGCGAUGGCCAAAAGCUGUGCCGGAUGCCGAGCAACACAAAAAUCACCACCCCUAGCUCCACUCCACCCGUGGGAGUGGCCCGCAGAGAAAUGGCAACGAGUGCAUAUCGAUUACGCAGGACCAAUAGAUGGAUAUAUGCUCCUGGUGGUCGUUGAUGCAUACUCGAAAUGGCCAGAAGUCGCGGUUACCAAGUCUACGACCAGCGAGCGUACAAUUGAUCUCCUUCGUGCGAUUUUUGCUAGGAAUGGUGUUCCAGAGCAACUGGUGUCUGACAAUGGACCUCAAUUCACCUCAGCUGAGUUCAAGGACUUUGUUACACGCAAUGGUAUGAAACACAUCACCUCUGCUCCAUUUCAUCCGUCAUCCAAUGGACUAGCAGAGCGUUUCGUUCAGUCGCUGAAAUCAUCCCUUCACUCUAUGAGAGGGGAAAAGGGAACACUCAGACGUAAAGUGUUCCAAUACUUGAUGGCGUACAGAAAUGCACCCCAUGCCACGACUGGAGAAUCCCCAUCAGUUCUCCUCAACAACAGGUCUUUACGUUCAAGACUUGAUCUCCUUAAACCUGACAGGCGCAAACGUGUGAACAACAAACAGACGAAAAUGGCUGCAAGUCGUCACAACACCAUUGUGCGCCAGUUCGAGGAAGGUGAUGCAGUCUGGGUGCGAGACUAUCGUGAAGGUGGCAACAAAUGGAUCUCUGGCACUAUCAAUUCACGAUCUGGACCACUAUCAUACCAGGUGAAUGUUGCCCCAAAUCUAACAUGGCGGCGACAUGUCGAUCAGAUGACAUCAGGAACAUCACAACAUACUCCUGAACCUGAAUCAGCCACCCAACCAGAUGUUACCAUGACAACCGAGGUAAAUGAAGCAAGACCUCCAACAGCUACAGCACCAACCACAACGCAGUCAGAAGAGACAACACCAAUACUGCGUCGAUCAGGAAGACAGCGACGUCCCCCUGAUAGAUUAAAUUUGUAGCUUAGGGAGUCAUCAUCAUAAAGAGGGGCAGAAUAAUCCCCUAUGGUGACAAUUUGGCCAGGAUAGUCCACCCUGUGUCAAACUAGAAUAGGGAACUUAUGUAAAUAAUUAGGGUUGUCCAGAAAGGAAAAUACCUGUUUGCAAAUGGUUGAUACAUUUCAUUUGUUUAUUUCUAUCUUUCUAGACAAGUGUUUGUUUGAAACUUUACUAUAUGUAUAUAUACUAACAAAAAGUGGUUAGUGCAUGAAAACAGAAAGGCAAAAUGGUUAACUAAUAAACAAUAGCAACAACAUGUUGAUACAGAUAAUCUAAUUCAAUAGAUACCAAUUAAUACCUAGUCAAGGAGGUGUAUUCUAACUGGACAGAAUACAAUUGUUUUUAAAGUAGAAUUAGUAUGAUUAAUAACCCUUGAAACUAUUUUCAUGGCUGAAUGAACUUGGACUGGAACCAGGAAACCCUAGAUCAACUCGGAAACCAAACUGAUUGGAUUCAACCUUGUUGAACAAUGAACUGAAUAAAUUGUUUAUAAAUACAUGGACACUGGACUCUCAAGUAAUUUAAAUGAAGAUAUCAAAUUUGGAGAGAAACAAUUUAGAAGGGAGGAGAUGUGAGAUAUUCACCUUACUGAGGUCUGAUUUCUAAGACUAUACUUUCUCUUAUCUUUCACUUCUACUGCUUCUCUACUUUCCAUCUCCCCUGACAAAGAACUCUUUGUAUUCACCUGUAUAGUAUACUGUGUAGAUACUGCAUGUAAGAUGCUGACUUGGCCCUGAGUAAAUCAGUCUUGUAAAUGCAA